UUCCUUUGGUUUUUCUGCAUCAUAGUGGGCACUGUUGCCACGCUGAUCAUCAUCGUGUCCCUGUGGGAGAAGUUCCAGACCAACCCCACCAUCACCGGCCUCGACACCGACUUCCACAACUGGGACGUGCCCUUCCCAGGGGUCUGGCUCUGCUCCUCCUCCUUCGUGGAUGACAACGCGGUCGACGAACUGGCCAAAACACAGUUCAGUGGGGAUGAGAGGGCCAAAGAGUUUCUCAAAGCUGUGGCAAGAAUGUCGCUAUACAACCUAGAUGAUUUUUCAUCCUUCUUUGAGAAAGGGAGAAAUGUUCCUGAAGUUCCUCUGGCAGACACAGCGACG